GAAAAGAGACAAACAGGGUUGGUGAGAGAUGUCAUAGAGUGUCUGAUAAAGGACCUAUAAUCAUGGGAAACACUAUCUUCUGGAUCAUCUGUUACCUGGUUCCAUAUCUCACACUGCUAUUGCUCAGUGGAAACACAAAUGGGUCAGAGAUCAAUUGUAUUGCAACUAUCAAAGUGCCUCGAAACACAACGUUUAGAGUUCCUGUUAUGACAUUGUUGAUUAUAAACUGUACUGUUACUGUACAUGAAUGUCAGAACCCAUGGAUCAACUGGUGCAAAAUCUAUGGAAAUAACUGUAAAGCCUUAAAUCACUCAAAUAAUAUAAAAGAAGAGUGGAAGAGUAUCACAGAACAUGAUGGGAUUGCAUUCCUGACAUUUUUGAACAUCUCAAUGGAGGAUGAAGGUCUAUACAGAUGUAGAAUAGGCGAGACCACUGUAAGCCAUUCUAUUAAUGUCACUGUGACAGUAGGUAAUGAGGAGGUUUUUUCCAAUCAAAGCAAAACAGGUGAUCUGAAUACAUUUCCUAAAGAUGGUCUGCAGUGGUUAUGGCCAUAUGUUUACAUCUGCAGUGGAAUAGUGGGGCUGGUGGUCAUAGUUAUGACUUUAUCAUUAUUUAUUAUCAGACGCCAAGGAAAAAAAUCGACAAGGACAAAUAAGACAACUAAAAAUCAGAACAUUGGAACACAAAGAUGUGACCAGACUCCUCCCCAUCACAACACCCAUUCAACCUCAGCCCAUCUGACCUCUGCUUUAUCCUGUGUCUAUGAAACUCCACCUGUUAGAUCAGGAUCAUCUGGAAGAUUCUCAGCCAAUAUGGUAGAAUCAAAAGGGAGCCUUAACAACGUCAGCGCAGGAGGAGGAGAAGAGAAUGCUGUUGUCUAUGCUUCUUUGAAUCACCAGGCAAUAUCAAGAGGACCGAAAAGAACAGCACUACAAGAAACAGAACCAUCAGAAUAUGCUGCAAUCCGCUUCCACUGAUUCGAAGAUUUACACCAGAUACUUUAAAAAGAGUUCUCAAAAAUCUGCACUCAUAUGCUUUUCUGUAUUAAGGAAUCACUAUAAUAUCUGAGCGUUCAGACAGCUCUAUUUCUGGGUCAUGUGAUAGCAGCUGGUUGCUUGUAUUGCAAUGGUCCAAAAACAUUAACAAAGCUUGCAGUCUGUAAUUUAAAAAUACGUUUUAAUGCCAUGUUAAAAUAAUUUGUACAAAUGUUUAUAUUAGAAUUUUACAUUUUCUUUAAUAAAUAAAAUUAAAAUAAAUUAUAUAUUUUAUAAAAUAAAAUUAAACAAAUUUAAUCCUGUAGAUCUCAAGACUAAACUCAUAAUGUGUUGAGAAUAAUCUCAACAUUUUAUGAGAAUAAAGUAAUUUUUUUUAGAAUAAAUUAAAAGAAUAAAACAAUUUGUAAUAGUACAAUUGUAAUUUAGUAGUAGUAAAAAAAAACUUAUUUUAAGCAAAAAAGUAGCAUUACGAUAUUAAAGCAGUGAUAUUAUGAGAAUAAACUAAUAAUGUCACCAGAACAGAGUCACAAAAUUUAAGGUGUAGCAUUGUGUGAAUAAAGUAGAAUUAUUUCGAGAAUAAAUCACAAUAAUACAAGAAAAAGCAUGAUUAUCACAGUAGCAAUUGGUCACUGAGGCACACAGCAGCAGUUAUUUAGGACAUUUAAAUUAAGGACAUUCAAGGCAUUGCCACUUUUGUGCAAUCUGAAAUGUCAACCAGUGGUCAACUUCAGUGGUAUCAAUGGUUACAUCUUUAUCUACAUCUGCUCUACUUUGCUGUCCUUCAUUACUUUGAUGCUACUUUCAUUACGACUUUAUUCUCAUAGUAUCACAACUUUAAUCUCAUAAUACUAAGACUUUAUACUCAUAAAAUUAUGUAUUUAUUCUCAACUUAAAUCUCAUAAUUCUACAAAUUAUUCUCAUUGUAUUUUAACUUCAAUCUCAUCUCAAGACUUUAUUCUCAAAAAAGGCCUAUUAUGAGAUUAUACACAAAACAUACUUUAUUAUUGUAAUGUAAAUUACUUUUACAUUUGCAUUAAUUCUUUAUUUAUACAGUUAUUUUAAAGUGGUAUUAAGACACUGUUGUAGUAACUUCUGUGAAACAAAACACAAAAGUGAUUUGACAGCUCAUUCGUCUGCCUACAAAGAAUAUGUAUAGUAUACUUACUUAUAAAAUGUAUUUAUUCAAAUUUAUAGUAAACCAAAGAGAAAAUUUAAUUUUUUUCUUUGCAGUGUUUGACACUUAUACAAUAGCUGAUCCUAAAGCAAUGUGUUAUAUGUAACCUAAGCAGUGAUUUUUUUAAUACAUUCUGAGACUGACCUUACAUUUUAUUAUUUGUGAAUUAUUCAGUGGUUCAAAUAUCCAAUGGAUUGCUUAAAAAUUAUGCUAUGGGAAUGCUUCAGAAAUUCAUUUUUGUCAGUAAUAUAUCAAACACCUAGGAUCUAAUUUUAAAUGGUAGUCUACAUAAAAGAUACUGGUGUUUUAAGUGUUAUAACAUUAUGACAGACUGUGGAAGGCAUCACAUACUCCAGAAGUACUUCAGGAAAGAAAUAGAAUUGAACAUUUGAGCUAUAUGAGAUAUAUAAAUCAAGGUAUGAUUUAAGGUUUUACAAAGCACUGAAAAAGAGCACCAGACAUUAGGAGUAUAUAAAGUGUUUUUGAAGUUAUUUGAAGGAUGUCUAUGCAGAGUAAAACAUGAGAAGCCCACAAGAGCAAAAGCAGGCAGACACAUUUCCUGUAUGAGAAGGGGGAGACUGAAACGUACCAGAUAUGAUGGUGGGAUUGUGUACCACCCACACUGAAAAAAAUAGUACAUACGACUUCCUACUUUCAAUGUAUUAAAUGUAUUUUU